ACACCACUUCAGAUAGCCUGUUUUGAUGGCCAUGAUCAGGUCGCCUUAACACUUUUGGAAAAGGGUGCUAAUAUCGAAAGCUGCAACAAGUAUAAAGAGACCUCUCUUUACCUAGCAGCAUAUCGGGGGCAUGCAAGCACCGUGUCAAUUCUUUUGAAUUAUGGUGCAAAUACCGAGAGCAAGAACCUUAACGAAGCCAGCCCUCUGCUCGCGGCAUCUGAAUGUGGGCAUCUUGAGGUUGUCUCUGUACUUUUGCGGAGGGGAGCAAAGGUUGACUCACGCAAUAAAGGGGGUAAUACACCGCUUCAAAAGGCAUCUGAUAAGGGACACGAUAAGGUCGUCUCCAUUCUUUUGGACAAAGGCGCC